GGAAAAGAGAGGAAGUUUUUCUCAAGAACUGGGGUUCCCGUAUCUCAGGGUUUAAGGGUCUUCAGACAAGAAAUCUGUGUGUGUUCAACUUCAUCUGUCCAUGGAAGACGAAAGAUUAUCAUCAACAUCAUCAACAGAUGAUGAAAACCCAUCAUCAAAACCAUCUAAUAGAGGAGAUCACAAUGAUCAUGAAUUGGUAAUGAGUGAAGUUCAUCUUGGUUGCCCUCCUAAUUUCUCUGGUCCUUACGUUUCUCACUUCACCUUCCCUUUCCCACCACCAGAGGUGAAAAAACAAAGUGUUGUCAUGAAUGUUGAAGAAAAAUUGUCAUGUCAAAUGAUGAAUUUAGAUGAAGAUGGUGAUCUCGUUCUACCUAGACGUUCCAAACAGUGGAAUAAUGUUGGAAUGACUAUCCAGCAUAGUAUCACAUCAUCAAUUCCAAGUGUUGGAUUGCAGGUGUGGAAAGCAGAACUUGUAUUGGCUGAUUUUUUGUUGAAUAGUAUGUUCUCUUCAUCCGACUUUGACGGAGUUGUUGCUGUAGAACUUGGUGCUGGAACAGGGUUGCUUGGUAUACUACUGGCACGUGUUGCUAAGACUGUUUUCUUAACAGACCAUGGUGAAGAAGUACUCAAGAACUGUGCGCUGAAUGUUCACCGGAACUUGGAAGCUUUUAAAGAUCAUGCAACUUCAGUAUUUGUACGUGAAGUUGAUUGCUUUAAUUCGUGGCCACCAGAAGUUGAACAAUGUCAUUCAUCUGAUGAAAGAUUUUCAUGGACCCCAUCAGAAGUUGAGGAAGCUGAGGGAGCUUCAUUGCUCUUAGCUGCUGAUGUAAUUUAUAAUGAUGAUCUGACUGAUGCGUUGUUCGGCACGUUGCAGAAACUGAUGUCACGAGGAUCCACCAAGGUGUUAUAUUUAGCUCUGGAAAAACGGUACAACUUCAGUCUCAAUGACCUUGACGUCGUUGCAAACGGGUAUUCGCGUUUUAAAAGUUAUCUGAAGGAUGACACAGAAUGCAGUUCACUCGAGAACAGUAAAUCGCUCUGUUUUGUUGGUAAACUUAUCGAUCUCACAGAUAUUCCGCAGUAUGUGAGGGAAUACGAUAGAGGAAAUGAUGUAGAAAUUUGGCAGAUCAGAUACGUCUCACCUAGCAAUUCAACUAGUUAAACCUUUUAUUUGCACUGACAGUGAUAUCUCUUUUCCCUUUUGCUUUUCAUUGUCUACCCCCAUAGAAAUGCUUCUUUUGUCUGUUUUAAGAUACAAGGCAAGUGAAAAAAACAACAAACAGGUAUCCUAUAUACAACACCUAGUACUGACAUUAACUUAAAUCCAAAUGUCUGUGACUUAUGGUGAGCUGAAAUAGUAGUUGGGACUUGGGAGUUAAUUUGCUGAG